AUGACCUCCGAUGACAACUACGCGGUCUUCCGAGAGUGUCUCUCGAGUGCCAUUGUCGCUCGCUCCGAAGACAAGCCCAAUACGGCCAAAAGGCGACAGAAGCCCAAGCGCAACGGGCGCAAAGAUGCGACGAAGAGCUUGGAAAUAGCCACCGUGUACACGCGAGCUGACCCAGAGGACUUGGCCGAGUUCAUUGAUUUCAUCGCAUCCGAAACUUUCGCCUCAUUCCCUCGAGACCUCCAAACCCUCUCCUAUGCCGCAAUCCAACAUGACGCUCACCUUGCAACCCUCUACGUCCCACCUGACACGGACACUCCACUCCCCCGCAAUACCCUCGACACCCUCUGCACCGUAAUCCCACUCGAUGUAACAGACUCACUCACCGUCUACGGAAUCCUACCCGCAGCAGACGACUUCCCAGAAUUCUUAUCGCCCGUGUUUACCGAGUACAUAACCAGCGUGACGAGCGGACCGCCAGCAUGGUCGAAUACGCGCACUGAUGCGUGCGAGAUCUGCGAGCGUGACUGGAUCCCGCUUUCGUAUCACCAUCUUAUACCGCGCGGUGUGCAUGCGAAGGUAAUCAAGAAGGGUUGGCAUGAUGAGUGGAUGCUGAAUAGUGUUGCGUGGCUUUGUCGGGCUUGUCAUAGUUUUGUGCAUCGCAUGGCGAGUAAUGAGGAGCUGGCUAGGGAGUGGUUUACUGUUGAGCGGAUUUGUGAGAGGGAGGAUGUUCAGGAUUGGGCAAAGUGGGUUGGGAGGGUGAGGUGGAAGGCGAAGUAG